GUGGUGGCUCGUGCUCAUUGUUCAUUCGCUAUCUCCGCCAGCGCGGGGGCCGUGCCGAGCGGUCCAUCUUCACCUGCAGAUAGUGCAGGUAUAAAAGGCACGACGCGAUGCCGCCCGCGAGCAGUAUCCACGAUGACGAACUUUAAAGCGGCCCUGAGCCUUGCUGUGGUGCUGGUGCUGUGUGCAUUAGCGGGGCAGCUUGCCGCAGCUGACGCAGACGUUUGUGGCGGUCGCGUCGGGCAGGUGUGCACGGGCUGCGACAGGCUGGCGGUGUGCGCGCGCAUAGACGGCACGCACGCCAUACCCUUGUUCAACAUGCAGUGCCCGCCGUACGCACCCUUCUGCCGGCAGGGCCGAUGCGUCCGCUUCAUGGACUCCAACAACCCGUGCGACAUCGGUCCCUCGGUGUCGACCAGCUUCCAGUGCCCCGGGCAGGACUACACGGGCUACCUGCCGGACCCGGUCUCGUGCUCGCGCUACCACUAUUGCGUCAACGGCACCGCCUGGGACUACGAGUGCAGGGUGGGCCUCAACACGGUGUACGACCACGCGAGCGCGGCCUGCGUGCCAAACAACAAGGCCGCGUGCCAGACCUGCGCCGGCGCUGGCUACGCUGUGUACGCUCAAGACAACACCAUCGCCUUUAACUGUAACGACCCCUUCGGUCCCUCCGUGGUCCUGUGCCCGCCUAACCACCGCCUGGACACGGAGAGCACCGCCUGUGUGCGCUAUUGCUCCCGUGAUGGAAGGCAGGCUGCCAGCAACGACCCCACGAGCAGGCUCUACUACGAGUGCGUGCUCGACGUACGAGGCGUGGUGGGCGAGCCCGUUCUCAAGACCUGUCCUGAGGGCACCGUGUUCGACUCACGCAGAGAGCGCUGCACUGGCGACGAGUCGAACAACGAAGCUUCUACGCCUUAUGAUAACCUCGUUUAAUAAAUCUACAAGUUUAGUUAAGGA